UAUAUUUCACCAGCAGGGGGACCUCCGCCCCACACGCACUUCUUCAACGAAACACUUCCAAAUUCCAAUCAUCGUAUUAUCGACUAAUUAGUAAUCAUGCACAGGUUUCUGUCAGUUCCCCGACAAUCGAACUGUCUAAGAAACCCCAGCUCCAUUUUUUCUUGCCAUUCCAGUUAUUUUGACACCCGAAUCUCCAGUUCUACCAACUCAACUAACAACCCCUCCCUUCAGUCUCAAUCAAAACCACUUUGGUCUCUUUCACCCUCUAAUUCCACAUAUCAAUCUCCAAUUCCGACUGCGUAUCCCUAUUUAUGCGGUUUCAUUCCCAAGUCACGUUCUUCAGCCUCUCAAUGUUGUGCCCGCAGGUUUUUCUCGCCCGGCUCUAGGUUUAAUGGUUUCAAAUUGCAGAGUUGUGAUAGAAAUAAAGAUGGGUUUUUGUGGGUCAAGAGAGUUGUUGGUGGUUUUAGGAGUUUCAGUGAUGCACCGGAGAGGGAGUCUAUAGAGUACGAUGUUGUUAUUGUUGGGGCUGGACCAGCUGGCUUAUCGGCUGCAAUAAAGUUGAAGCAAAUGUGCCGUGAAAAAGAUGUCGAUUUUUCUGUGUGUGUUGUGGAGAAAGGUCCAGAAGUUGGUGCUCAUAUUCUAUCUGGCAAUGUAUUUGAACCCCGAGCACUUGAUGAACUUCUCCCACAAUGGAAACUGGAACAGGCACCAAUAAAUGUCCCCGUUACUUCUGACAAGUUUUGGUUUCUCACAGAAAAUCGUGCCUUUUCACUUCCAUGUCCUUUUGAUAACAAAGGAAACUAUUUGAUAAGUUUGAGUCAGUUAGUACGUUGGCUUGGAGCCAAAGCUGAAGAACUGGGAGUUGAAAUAUAUCCAGGCUUUGCUGCUAGCGAGGUAUUAUAUGAUGCAAACAACAAAGUUAUUGGCAUUGGAACGAAUGAUAUGGGAAUUGCCAAAGACGGUUCUAAAAAGGAGAAUUUCCAACGUGGUGUGGCUUUAAAAGGGUGUGUGACUCUAUUAGCAGAAGGGUGCCGUGGCUCAUUGUCAGAGAAAGUAAUGAAGAAAUUCAAGUUGAGAGAGAAGAUCAAUGCACAGCAUCAGACCUAUGCUUUGGGAAUUAAAGAGGUUUGGGAAAUUGAUCAAGAGAAGCAUGAACCUGGUACAGUUAUUCACACAUUGGGGUGGCCCUUGGAUCACAAAACAUACGGGGGAUCAUUUUUGUACCACAUGAAUGAUAGACAAAUUUCAAUUGGGCUCGUGGUUGCUCUGAAUUAUCACAAUCCUUUCCUGAAUCCUUAUGAGGAAUUCCAGAAACUUAAACAUCAUCCUGCCAUCAAACCACUAUUGGAAGGUGGGAGUGUACUCCAGUAUGGUGCUCGUUCGUUAAAUGAAGGUGGUUUUCAGUCUAUUCCAUAUCCAGUUUUCCCGGGAGGAGCAAUUGUUGGAUGCUCCGCUGGCUUCUUAAAUGUACCAAAAAUAAAGGGCACACAUACUGCAAUGAAAUCAGGAAUGCUAGCAGCAGAAGCCGCUUUUUGUGUGCUUCAUGAGGACUCAAGUAUGGAAGCUUACUGGGAUGCUUUAAGGAAUGCAUGGAUAUGGGAUGAGCUUCACAAGGCUCGGAACUAUCGACCUGCAUUUGAGUAUGGACUUGUUCCUGGCUUGGCCAUUAGUGCUGUGGAACACUACAUAAUGAGAGGAAAGUCCCCUCUCACAUUGAAGCAUGGGAAACCUGAUCACGAGGCAACAAAUGUUGCACGGAUACACACUCCCAUUCAGUAUCCGAAGCCUGAUGGGGACUUGUCUUUUGAUGUACCUACUUCUCUGCACAGGAGCAACACAAAUCAUGAGCAUGAUCAACCAGCUCAUCUUCGGUUGAGGGAUCCCAAGAUUCCCAAGCUUGUGAAUUUACCAGAAUAUGCUGGACCUGAGUCACGAUAUUGCCCUGCUCGUGUAUAUGAGUAUGUUCCAGAUGAAAAGGGUCAGCUUAGGUUGCAGAUCAAUGCUCAAAAUUGCCUACACUGCAAGGCAUGUGAUAUCAAAGACCCAAGGCAAAACAUCGAGUGGACAGUACCAGAAGGCGGUGGUGGCCCAGGCUACACAGUUAUGUAGAUGAUUUGUAUGUAUUGUUAUUGUCUUUUUAAAUGGAAGCUUACAUUGGCUCAGAAAGUUCAAAAGCAGCAGAGCAAAAAAAAUAAAAAAAAAGACUUAAGUCUGUUGGCAAUGUAGAAAGGAUGUCUUGCAUUUCGAAGAAUAAAAUGGAAAUUUUGAAUA